CGCUAUUCCCACAGGGUAGCAAUCUGCAAAGAUUCAUUUCUCGUUUUAACACAAGUUUCCGUCUGAAAUAAAUACUGACAUGUGUUUAUAAUUUCGUUCCUAUAUUACUAGUUGAGAUCAAGCUAUGUGUGAGAAAACAAAAAUUGCUUGAUUUCCAUGACAAUACCGAGUUUUUAACUUCAAUUGGUUUUAUUAUUGAAUGUUAGGAUAUAACUGUAAUUAUGUCUACGAAAAGGCAGGCUCCAACAGAAUUAAAUCAUGAGAACUGGAAUGACGAAGAUCCAGUGGAAGAAGACCAGACUGGUGGUUUUGCUAUAGCUCCUAAGGAGGUUCUUGAAAAGCGUGUGAUAAGGACCGCUAAAAGACGCUCUCAAGCCAUCAGCGGUGAGGCUAAGAAGAGUGUUUUUAGUGGCUUCAGUGGAUUUAACAAAAUUCAGCACUCAUCAUUUGAUUUCUUAUCAAAUUUAACCAACGGCAGUAAGAAUAAUGGGAGUCUUACAUCUACAAGUGAGACAGCUGUUUCAUCGAGUUCUGUCAACAGCAACCCAUCAAAUACCAUAAGCAGUGGAAUAUUCAGUUUAUCAGGAACUUCAACUCCGACAAAGGCAACUUUUGGCAAACCACCAGCAGAUUCUCCAUUUGGUGGUACAUCAGAGACCACUGUUACUACCAGCUCUUUAUUUUCGCAGUCUGUGUUUACGACAUCCAAAGCAGAUUCAACUGUUAGUGAUAAUCCAUUUAAAAUCCAGUCAACUGUGACCUCACCCAUCGCAGGUGAUUUUGGCAAAAAAACUAACCCUGCGUCAGAUAAACCCUUAUCUCAGGUCUCCUCGACUAUAUUUGGAACACCAUCAACCAGUGCUAACAGCGGUAACACAUUAUUUUCAUCUACAUCUAACAACUUUGCAACAUUCAAGAAGCAAACACCACAGAUAUUUGACAAGACAAGUGAUGCUAAGAAACCUGAAAAUAAGCCGGAAAGUAAAAGUAGUCUAAUGACUUACCACAACAAGCUCAAGGGCCUUAAUGAGUCGGUAUCUGACUGUAUCAGAAAACAUGUGGAAGAGAUGCCAAUAUGUAUUUUAACUCCAAUCUUCAAGGAUUAUGAAAAGUAUCUAAAAGAUAUUCAAGAAGAAUAUGAGAAAAACAAGGAACAGGAGAAGAAAGACAGUGCCAAGUCUGAACCUGAGCCAAAACAGAAUACCAACCCUGAGAAAUCUGUGUCAGUUAGUAAGAGUACAACAUCAACAUUAUUCUCAGGGAAUAAAUCAUCCAUAUUUGCCGCUGUAACAUCUUCACCAAAGACAUCUAACACAACUUCAGUCUUCAAUACUGGCACCAGCAUCGCAAGCUGUACAUUUUCGACUACAACUACUCCAAGUACUGGAUUUUCCUUUGGUAUUAAACCUAAUUCAAACACGUCUCCCUUAACGACAGCUACAACAACCAAUGGUAACACACCAUUCUCUUUCGGGAUGGGCAAACCUUUCAGCUUUAGCACAAGUGUAAAUACACCGAAACCUGAAGAACCAGCUAAUGAAGCAAACGAUAAUGAAGAUGUACCACCUAAAGUUGAAUACACACCGAUAGUAGAAGAGAACAGUGUUUAUGAUAAAAAAUGUAAAAUAUUUGUCAAAAAAGACGGCAAUUUCAUUGAUAAAGGUGUCGGUACUCUGUAUAUCAAGAAAGUAGAAGACAGCGGCAAACAUCAACUGCUGGUCCGAGCUAACACAGCUAUCGGAAACGUCCUACUCAAUUUAAUUUUGUCUUCGGGCGUUCCGACCCAGAGAAUGGGCAAGAACAAUGUGAUGAUGAUCUGCAUCCCCACUCCGGACGCCAAACCUCCACCGACCUCUGUUCUGGUCCGAGUGAAGACAUCAGAGGAAGCCGAUGAAUUGUUAGAAACUUUAAACAAAUACAAAGUCUGAACCGUUUUCGAGCCGACGAAAACACUAACAGAUAUUUAAAAAGCAAUUUAGUAAUAUUUGAACAUUAAUUUGAUAAUAAUUCUAUUGAAAUAAACUUACAUUCCUAGAUAAUAUUGAUGUUAGGUUCGUUUCUGUUGCACGCUCGUAUGUUGUCAUUGGUUUGUGACGGGUAAAGCUCUGGGCGUUUAUCCGUCUCCGAUCACCGCGAAGUUCCCAACCCACAUACUAAUCAAGUAUGUAAAUUGUAAUUAUGAUGAAACUUUGUAUUAAAUAAAGCGUAAUUCAAUGCA